AUGCCUCCACCAAAUGCCGCCAAUGAUGAAGCUCACCAGCAGCUGUUGAACGCUCUAGACAUUUCACAUGUCCACAAGCCCUUCCGCAACCCUUACUGGAAACCGUCCCAGCGACGCAACAAGAACCUGAAGCAGAUUAUUUCAGAGGCCUCCCGGAAGGAGGCAUCGGUAAUGGCAACUCAGGCCAACUCAGGCGCAACUACGCCAGGUGCCCCGGGCGUUGUCACCGAUGGCACACAAACCCCGGCGGAAGGGGCUGCGCCCAACCUGUCCCAGGCCACCCAAAACCUCUCGACCCUCGUCUUGGAGAAGAACGCCCGGGCGACAUUCCCGACUGGGCCCGCCGUCACUUACACGAACAUCGAAUCGGCGCCAUCGUUUAACCCUGCCUACCACCAUCACUACUGCGAUAUCACGGGCCUGAACGGACCGUACACCGACCCCAAGACCCGGCUGCGAUAUCACGACAAAGAGAUCUUCAAGGUGAUCCGGACGCUGGCACAGGGUGUUCCCGAAAACUACCUGGAAGCGCGCGGGGCGCACACCAUUUUGAAGUAA